AUUCGUGUUCGCAUUCAUAAUAUGUUUAAGUGAAUUUUCUUUAUAAGGAUAUAUUAAAUCAUGAUAGCUGAGUGCAGGUUUAGUGAUAUACUGAUAUUUCCACAAACGGUCUGUUGUUCCUCACCUCUAACCUCACCUUUUGGCCCUAAACAAUGUUAGUUAACAAAUCAGCCUCCAAAUUAAUGGGUCAUUUUUUAUCCAAGCACUUCUCUUUCUAGUCCUUGUUAAAGUUCUCGACAUCUAGAUUUGUAUCUAUAUUUUUGGUUAAUCUUAGAUAUAAUGACAUAAAAGAAAGUAAAAAUAGAACUUUGUACAAGAUUUUCAUUUGGCUCAAGUUGGCAACGCCAUGGAUUCAGAAUUAAGGCUUGGUUAGUUGGUUGGAUGUUAUCAUACUUUAUUUUAUAGAAUAUUUUAAUUUUCGGACCUUUCAAAAAUAAUUAUUAGUUACUUUAUUUUCUAUAGUUAUAAUGAAUAUGUACCUACCCACAAUUCCCUCUCCUCGGAACAAAUUCUAACCACACACUUUUUUCUUUUCAACAACUUUCUUAAAUUCUUUGAAGUCAAACUCUCGAGAAUUCUAUGGGACGGAUGGAGUAUAUUAAUAUUGUUGUAAUUUAGAGAUUUCAAAUUUAGCUCUUGUAUGCAAUAUUAUAUCUGGAUCUGGUUUGGGGUUUUUUUGCUGCAGACAAUGUAAUUUUCCACCAUCACAAACUGGUCUUUAAAUUUGACUUUUUGGGUCCAAUAUUACAAAUUUUGGUUCUGAUUUGAGGAAAACUUAAAUAUUUUUCUAACGUAAUUUAAAGAAGUGAUGUGUUGUUUAGAUGAAUGUUGUUACAUGUGUUGUGGCUACGACCUAUGGUCAUGUGUAUAUCGAGUGCCCAAUGGGGGAACCUAUUCCAUUUUAAGAGUACCUGAAGUAGACCCACAAUCAAGGAGAGGCAUAGUGCUAAGGUGGAUGAUUAACUGAGGCUUUUCGGUGUUUUCUACAACAAUGUAUGCCAGAACUAGAGAGGAACAAUGUUGAUGCUGCUAAGUUUGCUCCUUUUUGGAAUGAAGACUACAUUAAUAGUUUGGAAAUGGAGUUGCUUUUAAUGACUAAAAAAUCAGGGAUAAUAGACAAUAUUCCCUUGGUUCAUUGGCCUCUGUUCCUUCUAGCAAGCAAGAUAUUUCUUGCUAAAGAUACUGCUAUUGACGGUAAAGAGCCCAGACUUUCGCAAGAGGAGGUAUGGGACAGGAUUUUAAGGGACGAAUACAUGAAAUAUGCUGUUCAAGAGUGUUAUUAUACCCUCAAGUUAGUUCUCACAUCUGUGUUGGAUACUGAGGGUAAGAAGUGGGUUGAGAGAGUAUAUGACGAGAUUCAGAGAAGCAUAGCUAAUAGGAGCAUACUUGUUGAUAUUGAAUUGAAUAAGCUACCACUAAGGAUUCAGAAAGUUACUGCACUGUUGGGAAUACUGGAAGCUAGACACAAUGAUAAUGGGCGGGCGCCUCAUUCAGCUUGGAGAAAUUAUGAUGAUUUCAAUGAGUACUUUUGGUCACUUAAUUGCUUUGAACUUAGUUGGCCAUGGAGAAUAACUUCACCCUUCUUUCUGAAGCCGACACCAAGAUCAAAGGUCUGAUGCAUUCGUGUUCGCAUUCAUAAUAUGUUUAAGUGAAUUUUCUUUAUAAGGAUAUAUUAAAUCAUGAUAGCUGAGUGCAGGUUUAGUGAUAUACUGAUAUUUCCGCAAACGGUCUGUUGUUCCUCACCUCUAACCUCACCUUUUGGCCCUAAACAAUGUUAGUUAACAAAUUAGCCUCCAAAUUAAUGGGUCAUUUUUUAUCCAAGCACUUCUCUUUCUAGUCCUUGUUAAAGUUCUCGACAUCUAAAUUUGUAUCUAUAUUUUUGGUUAAUCUUAGAUAUAAUGACAUAAAAGAAAGUAAAAAUAGAACUUUGUACAAGAUUUUCAUUUGGCUCAAGUUGGCAACGCCAUGGAUUCAGAAUUAAGGCUUGGUUAGUUGGUUGGAUGUUAUCAUACUUUAUUUUAUAGAAUAUUUUAAUUUUCGGACCUUUUAAAAAAAAUUAUUAGUUACUUU